GUCCGUAGGCAUGAUGGGUGUAGUACAAUGCCUUCUGCUCGUCCUACUUUUCGGGACAGGAAUACACCAAAAUGCUGCUCUCCAGUGUUACUGCGACCGCUGCAGCGCCAACUCCAGCUGCACCACGGAUGGCGUCUGCUACGUGGCCAUCAGGAAGACGGGCAGCCAGGUGACCAUCGAGAGGCGCCAGUGCAUACCUAGGAGAGAGCUGAUACCACAAGACCGGCCCUUUGCCUGCGCCCCGUCUGUCAAACAGGACUCUGCCAUGUACCCCACGUGCUGCAUGAAGGACUACUGCAACAAAGAUCCAGAUGUGGACACCAUCCCAAAAGACCCCCCAGCCACCCACCCUCCUCUGGGCCCUGUGGCCCUUGCGGCGGUGAUUGCGUGCCCAGUGUGUGUGUUCUGCCUGCUGCUGGUGCUGGCCUUCUACAUAUGUCACAACCAAAGAGGUCUGGGGGCUGGAGGGGCUGGGGCCCUCCACCACCGAGUGCCCAGUGAAGAGGACCCCUCCAUGGACCACCCCUUCAUCAACGUUGGAACCACCCUCAAAGACCUCAUUUACGACAUGACCACCUCAGGCUCUGGAUCAGGUCUGCCGCUGCUCGUCCAGAGGACCAUAGCCAGAACCAUCAUCCUGCAGGAGAGCAUCGGGAAGGGGCGUUUUGGUGAAGUGUGGCGGGGGAAGUGGCGCGGGGAGGAGGUCGCCGUCAAGAUUUUCUCUUCUCGAGAGGAGCGCUCCUGGUUCCGGGAGGCAGAGAUUUACCAGACAGUGAUGCUGAGGCACGAGAACAUUCUGGGCUUCAUCGCUGCUGACAAUAAAGAUAACGGGACGUGGACUCAGCUGUGGCUGGUGUCGGACUACCACGAACACGGCUCCCUGUUCGACUACCUAAACCGCUACACUGUGACCGUGGAGGGCAUGAUCAAACUGUCCCUGUCCACAGCCAGUGGCCUGGCCCACCUGCACAUGGAGAUCGUUGGAACACAAGGAAAGCCAGCGAUUGCACACAGAGACCUGAAGUCAAAGAAUAUUCUGGUUAAGAAAAACGGGACCUGCUGCAUCGCCGACCUGGGCCUGGCUGUUCGCCAUGACUCUGCCACCGACACGAUCGACAUCGCUCCAAAUCACAGAGUGGGAACCAAAAGGUAUAUGGCUCCAGAGGUCCUGGAUGACUCCAUAAACAUGAAACACUUCGAGUCCUUCAAACGAGCAGACAUAUAUGCCAUGGGCCUGGUGUUCUGGGAGAUCUCCAGCCGCUGCUCUGUGGGGGGCAUUCACGAGGACUACCAGCUGCCCUACUUUGACCUGGUCCAGUCCGAUCCAUCGGUGGAGGAAAUGAGGAAGGUGGUGUGUGAGCAGAAGCUUCGGCCGAACAUCCCCAACCGCUGGCAGAGCUGUGAGGCUCUGCGGGUCAUGGCAAAGAUCAUGAGGGAGUGUUGGUACGCUAACGGAGCGGCGCGGCUCACCGCCCUCAGGAUCAAGAAAACUCUGUCUCAGCUCAGCCAACAAGAAGGAAUCAAGAUGUAGACACAUCUACCAAACACAC